GUAUUUUUGUUAUAUAUAGGUCAAGUCAGACUCGUUCCCCUGCAACGCAGCGUGUGGUUUUCCCUGCUGCUUCCGCCGCCGUUCUCCUCCAGUUCACUCCGCCGGCAGCCGCGUCUGUGUCAUGGAGAUUGAAAACCAUAAGCAAAUGAUGCAAAGGGAUGAAGGUUUGAUCACUGAAAUCCUGUUGAGGUUGCCGGUGAAGUCUCUUGUACGCUUCAAGGCUGUGUGCAAGUUCUGGCGGUCUCUCAUAUCCGAUCCCCACUUUGCAACAUCACAUUUUGAACGUGCUGCUCCUAGACUCUUGAUCCGUACCGAUCAUGGCAUUCGAACCAUGGACUUGGAGGAAUCACUUCACCCUGAUCGUAUUUCUGAACUAAUUGAUUAUGACUUUCCAUAUACUGUUCCCUAUAUUGUAGGUUCGUGUAGAGGCUUUCUGCUAAUUGGCUAUGAUCGAGGUAGAAGUCUCUCUAUAUGGAAUCCAUCCACACAUGUCCACAAACCAUUACCUGUUGACGCCAAUGCUUAUGAAUAUGAUCAUAUGUAUCCAUAUGAAUAUGGAUUUGGUUACGAUUCAUCAAAAGAUGACUACCUCGUGGUUCGAGUCCCUGGUGUAAAACCAGGCUCAUCUACUAAUUUUGCAGAUGUGCAGUUUUUCUCAUUGAGAACUAAUAUUUGGAAAUAUACUGAGAGUGUUGAUUUGCCUUCUUCCUUGGCCUCUACUAAGGGUGCUGAUUUACCUACCUUUACCACUGUUCCAGAUCAUAGUGUUGGGUUGCUCUUCAACGAGGCCAUUCACUGGGUGGCUCAGAACUUCGUGGCUGGUCGUGUGACGCAUUUUAUCAUUGCCUUUGAUUUAAUGGAAAAGAGACUUUUAGAGAUACCCCAGCCCAAGCCUGAUGAUCUAUUGCCCCAGCCUGAUGAUCUAUUUCCCCAGGGUUUUCUGUUUUAUAGAUUGUGGGUGCAUGGAAGAUUUUUUAGUCUAACGGCUUUCCAGCAAGAUACAAUUGAAAUAUGGGUUAUGAAGAAAUACAAAGUACAAUCAUCUUGGACCAAGACUCUUGUUGUUCUGUCUUCGAAGCUCCUUUACCCAUUAUGUUCUACAAAAGGUGGUGAUAUUGUUAUGUGUUCUGGAAUAAAUCUCACAAAGUAUAGUGAUGAAGGACUACAAGGAGAUCAACUAGAGAAUUUCGACCAUUUUGGUCUUGUCAAUGAAUCAGUGCCCUUGUAUACAGAGUCUAUGCUUUCGCUCCCUGAUGUUAGUGGGUGAAAUCUAUAUAUAUUUAAAAUAAAGAAGCUGGUUUUGCGGCCUAGAGGCAAUUUAGUAAUUCAAUAUUUCGUUGUACUACAUUCCUAAUUGGACUAUGGUUAUUUUAGUAGAAAUACAAAAUUAUUUGUCAUA